CUAUUGAGGUGCGGCAUUUACUCGGCCAUGUGAGGGGAUUAGAUGGUGUGAGCUGGGCGGCCGGCCGGACAUUGAUGCUCAUACUGUUGAGCUCGAUUGCAUUCCACCACAUCGAAUCCAUCCACCAUUGGAGAAGGCAGGCAUUCAUUACCAUAAAUCCAUUCCACCGACGCCACCUGCAUGCAUGAGCAGAUGAGCAGAUGAGCAGGGCGUAGCCAUCGUCGUCGAUCCACACUGCCAUCCUAUAUAGCUGCUUCGCUUCUCUUAUCAAUCCACACACUCCACAAGCAACCUAGCUGCUGCUGCAUACUCCUUGUGCGUGCAAGCUUACAACAACGUCACAUAUAUAUAGUAAGCUACCACCUACCUAUCAGCUUGCUUGGAGAUGACAGGCCACGUUGCUGCUGCUGCCAAUACCAAUGCCAAUACCAAUACCAAUACCAAUACUCUGCGGCGCCUCAGCUUGCUGCUCUUCUUGAUCCUCUCCUUCUUCAACCCCGCCAUCUGUAGCACGGCAGCCACAGCCCCUGGUGCUGCCAACGCCACGACAUCUGCUGCUUCAGCCGCGGCCAUGCCCAAGCAGCAGCAGCAGCAUCAGCACGAGGGGAAGGCCAAGGCCAACAAGGCGGCGCCAAUGGCCCCCGCCCUCAUCGUGUUCGGCGACUCCAUCGUGGACCCCGGGAACAACAACGACAUCAACACCAUCAUCAAGGCCGACUUCCCGCCUUACGGCCACGACUUCCUCGACCACCACCCCACCGGCAGAUUCUGCAACGGCAGGAUACCCACCGACUUCAUCGCCUCAAGGCUUGGGAUCAAGGACCUUCUGCCAGCCUACCUGUCCCCUCAGCUGGAGAAGCAAGACCUCCUCACCGGCGUCAGCUUCGCCUCCGGCGGAACCGGGUUCGACCCCCUCACGCCGCAGCUCGCGUCCGUCAUCUCUAUGCCGGAUCAGCUGCGGAUGUUCCACGAGUACCUGGACAAGGUGCGCGCGGCGUCAGGGGACGACGCCAAGGCCUCGGAGAUCCUGUCGCGGGGCAUCUUCGCCAUCUGCGCCGGCAGCGACGACGUGGCCAACACCUACUUCACCUUGCGCGCGCGCAGCAACUACGACCACGCCUCCUACGCCCGCCUCCUGGUGCAGCACGCCUCGUCCUUCGUCGAGGACCUCAUCCACGCCGGCGCGCGCCGCGUCGCCUUCAUCGGCAUCCCGCCCAUCGGCUGCGUGCCGUCGCAGCGCACCAUGUCGGGGGGCCUCGAGCGCGAAUGCUCCCAGGGCCACAACGAGAUCGCCGUGGCCUACAACGCCGGGAUGGAGAAGGAGCUGGCGGCACUCCGGGGCAAGUACCCCGGCACGCUGCUGGUGUUCAUGGACAUCUACGGCUUCCUUUACGACAUGAUGAUGCACCCGAGCAGCUAUGGGUUCACGCAGUCCACCAGGGGCUGCUGCGGCACGGGCCUCCUGGAGGUCUCCGUGCUCUGCAACGGCGUCACCUCCGCCGUCUGCGCGGACGUGGGCGACUACCUCUUCUGGGACAGCUACCACCCCACGGAGAAGGCCUACAAGAUCCUCGCCGACUUCGUCUUCGACAACUACGUCAAGCUCAUCCUCUAAUCUAAUAAUGAUUGAUUAAUUUGCAUUGCAUUGCAUUGCUUAAUCAAUUUCAAUUUGCUUCCUCUCCUCUACUCUCCUCUCCUCUCCUCUCCUCUCCUCUACUAUCUGAUUAUUGUUGCGGAGAUGAUACUCUUCUCCCCUGGAGAUGGAAACUUCGGUUUUAUUAAUUUGCAAAUUCUUCCUCAAA